GCCCGGAGACGCGAGCUGCUGUGCGGAGCGGCGGUCGUGCUGGUCUGCGCCCUCCUGGUCACCCUCAAAGUCACCUGCAGCCGAGCAAAAGAUGUAACAAUGGCAGCGAAGGCACCAGUUAAUUUCUUCUCCUCAAGAUCCCCGGUCUUUGAUCUUUUUCGGGGGCAGCUGGACUAUGCAGAUCAUAUUCGCCAAGAUUCUGAAGUUGUAUUGUAUUUUUUCUAUGCUCCAUGGUGUGGACAGUCUAUUGCUGCAAGGGAAGAAAUUGAACAAGUAUCAAGAAGAUUGGCAGACCAGGUUCUGUUUGUGGCAAUUAACUGCUGGUGGAACCAAGGGAAGUGCAGGAAACAGAAACACUUCUUCUAUUUUCCUGUGAUAUAUUUGUACCAUCGGAGUUUUGGACCAAUUGAAUACAAGGGCCCUAUGAGUGCUGUUUAUAUAGAAAAGUUUGUUCGCCGGGUGAUGACACCGCUACAUUACAUCUCGUCUCGAUCAAAAUUACUAGAUUUCCUCUCAGAUUAUGAGCCUGGAGUUCUGGGAUAUUUUGAGUUCAAUGCUUCACCUCAGCCUCCUGGUUAUAUGACAUUCUUCACAUCAGCAUUAUAUUCAUUAAAGAAAGAUUACCUUGGGACAAUACGCUUCGGAGUGAUCACGGAUAAACAAAUUGCAAAGGAAAUUUCGUUGACGCGCUCGGGAAGUGUAUACCUUCAUAGACACGUCAAUACUUCACUUAUUUAUCCAAGUGAAGUCAUGAACUACACAGCUGAGAAUAUUUGCAAGUGGGCUUUAGAAAAUCGAGAGACACUUAUACGUUGGUUGAGACCACAUGGAGGAAAAAGCCUUCUACUAAACAAUGAACUGAAGAAGGGACCAGCAUUUUUCUUAUUUAUACCCUUCAAUCCCUUAGCAGAAAGUCACCCUCUUUUAGAUGAAAUUACCAAAGUGGCCUUGGAAUACAACAACUGUAAUAAAAGCCAAGCAGCUGAACCUGUUCCUCAGCACCUGAGAGAUUUAAAUCCACCAGCUAUUGAGUCCAUUGUAGCCCAUGCCCAUACACAACUGGCAGACGCAUACUCCAUAACAAAGUAUCCAUGCUGCAACACGGUGCUGCUCCCUCAGUGGCACUCCAUCUCUAGGACUCACAAUGUCUGUGAGCUUUGUGUAAACCAGACCCUUGGAGUCAAACCAAGUAAAGUUAAUGUACCGCAGUGUAACUUUUUAGAGAUAGAAGCAGCUUUGGACUCUUUCUACCUCAAGGAACGUACUUUUUUCCAAUUUGUAUCAAAUACCAUAGAAUGCAGCAAUUUCCUAAGUUUCUAUAGUCCUUUUAGCUACUAUUCUGCAUGUUGCAGGAAAGUAAAUAGGGGUCUGAUAAAUUUAAUUAGUUCUGAAAAGACCAUACUUCAGACCCCUAAUGUAGCAUUUUCUUCCCAUGGGAAAGAAGAUAAGGAUGAUACUCAACAUUCUAUUCCUCACAUUGAGGAGAGGAAUUGUUUUACUCCUGACCUUCAUGUUAAUGGUACUAACAUUACUGGCUUGAGCUGCAGGACCAACAAGACCUUGAAUCUCUAUCUACUGGAUUCAAAUCUGUUUUGGAUGUAUGCAGAGAGGCUAGGAGCAUCAAGAUCUAAUCAUUUGAAGGAAUUUGCUACUAUCGUUGACCUGAAGGAAGAGACCCACUAUAUCCUGGAUCAGAAUCAAACACUUACAAAAUCUACGAUAGAGAACUUCAUUCAAAACUUCAGCAUUCUCUACAGUCCCUUGAAAAGGCAUCUUGUUGGUGACUCCUCAGUCCAUUUUCAUGCCCAGCACGUAAUCACUGAAGUGACUACUAAUACCUUUCAUGAUGUGGUGUUUUUGAAUGAAAAGGAUGUCUUGCUGCUCUAUUAUGCACAAUGGUGUGGAUUCUGUGCUUCUCUUAAUCACAUCUUUAUCCAGCUAGCUCGACUUCUGCCUCCAAACAACUUCACUGUGGCAAGAAUUGAUGUCACUCGAAAUGACCUUCCUUGGGAAUUUAUGACAGAUCGUCUCCCUACCAUUUUGUUUUUUCCUUAUAAAAGGAAGGACAAAAGUGUGAAGUUUCCUGAAGAUUUUUCAGUUACUCUUCCUAAUCUGCUUAAGUUCAUUUUGCAUUACUCACGUUUACCAUCAGCUGCACUUGACUCAGAACCCUGCACUAAAGAAUGUCCACAGAGAGAGAGAAAAUUACAAGAAGAGCAUAUCUCCCACUUAAAGAGUGAGAUUCAGAAAUUGAGAUCAGAAGUCAGUGCACUACAUCAGGCUCAAGAUCAGCUGAAAGCCCAACUUUCUGAAGCCAGAAGAGAAGAACAUAAACUACAGCAGCAGAAGCUUACACUGGAAAAGCAACACAGUAUCCUUCAGCUCCACAGUGAACAGUUACAGGCACUGUAUGAACAGAAGAACAGAGAAUUAGAAGAAAUGGCUGAAAAGCUUCAAGAAUUAGCAGAUGCAUCAGAAAAUCUCCUUACGGAGAAUGCUUUACUAAAAGUCCUGGUAGCAUCAAUAAAGGGGAAGCUAGAGAACAAAGAUGAAACUAAGAAAUCCAUUCAGUCAGACGAGAUUCUUCCCAACCACAAUACUGGUCCUGUUCUAACUGCUAUAGACGGAUUACAUGAAAGAGAAAGGCUUGAUAUUUCCAACAUUGAUUCCACAGUGACUGAGCAUAAAGAAAACAGGACAGAAUAAGUGCUUAUGCUAUAAGGAAGUGGGCAUGGGAAAUCAGGAAUGACACUGUAUUGGGAAGGUAUUUAUGCAAAUUUUAUUUGUUGUAAAUAAAAUCUUUUCCAAUUGUCUAGAAAAAAAAUCAAACCAGAACAUUUCCAUAAUACUUCAAACAAUUUACCAGAUCUUGAAACCUAAAUGGAGAUAUGGAAAACACUUUCUAUUUUACUAUUGCACUAAUGUGAUAGCCAUUGUAUUAAUUUAACUUAGGUUAAAAAUAGUAAAUUCCCAGGGGCAGCAAAACAAAGCAUCUUCUACAAAAGGACCAAUUUUUGCACUGGCUUCCUCCCAAGUCUCCCAGAGGAAGAGUUCAUUUAGGAACAGUGACAAUUUAUACUUUUUUAAGAAACAGCUGAAGUUAGCCAUCUUCACCUGCAUGUUGCCUUUGUUUACAGAAUUGACUGGAAAUGCUGAAUGUGUCUUUAGUAAACUUGAAUGAAAUGUCAAA